AUGCUUGCGGAUUCCUUGUAUUCAGUUGCCAUCUUUACCGCGAUCUUCGCGCGUGCAUUCGCAAAGGAUGCGCGCAAUUUCGCCGUGAAUCAUUUCUACGGCAAUGGUGCUCUGUCAAUGGGACGAAUGGACCCCAUCAUCAGUCCGGGAACUGCAGCAGCUCAUUCCCAUGCAAUCCAAGGGGGUAGCAACUUCAACCUGAGCAUGACCGACGAUGCUCUACUGGACUCCGAAUGCACCUCGUCGCUGGUCGACGCCGACAAAAGCAACUACUGGACUCCCUCGCUGUACUUCCAACACCCUAACGGGAGUUUCCUCUCCGUGCCAAUGUUCUACAUGAAUGUCUACUACUUUUUCGAGCCAACUGACGACGAAAUCAAGCCUUUCCCCGUCGGCUUGCGCAUGUUCGUCGGCAACACUUCCCUCCGCACACCACCACCCGACGGUGCCGCCAAUGUCCUCGUCACUAACCAGGGAACUAUCCAGCCCGUGCAAUGGACUUGUCCUCGUACUUCAUUCGACAUCCCCUCCUACCCGGAAGACUCGGAUGGAAUGCACGGCGUCGGGAUCCAGGAUCCCACCAACGCUGGCGCUGGCGCCGGGUUCCCGCAUAUGAACUGUGACGGAUAUGCAUCGCCCUUGCGUGCGGAUAUUCACUUCCCCUCGUGCUAUAAUCCCGAGGCUGGCAUCCAUGCCCACGAGACUAACAUGGUCUUCCCGGGCAGCGAGGGCAGCGGCUCAAAAGCAAACUGUCCACCUGGCUGGAUCCACGUUCCUCAUAUCUUUUACGAGGUGUACUGGAAUACUCCGCUAUUUGAGGAUAUGUGGAUAGAGGGGACUGGCUCGCAGCCGUUCAUUCUCAGUAACGGGGAUCGCACGGGGUAUUCACUUCAUGGGGACUUUGUACGUAUACCUCUGACUACACCAGAGAUCAUAGUUUUCCGAGCGAGCACUAAUCAAAGAAAAAAGAACCAGAUUUCCGGCUGGGACGAGGAAGUUCUUCAAAAUAUCAUCGAUAACUGCGAUGCCGGAGACCUGGGCAUGGACAAGUGUGCCGAUGCUGGGUUUAUCAACGACGCUUCAACUACCUGUAAUAUUCCGAACCUCGUCCCCGAGCAAAUAGAUGGUGUGCUGGACAAGCUACCGGGCAAUAAUCCGCCAACGGGCUGGGGCCAAGGUAUGGAGGUGAUCCCGACGCGGGGAAUGAAGAGACAUUUCCGCGUGCAUAAGAGUGGUCUACGUGCUUAG